AUGGCUAUCGGCACCGAACCUACCACCAACCCCGAGAAUGCUCAGAGAUUGGGUGCUACAAGCAACGGUGGGCACCCGUUGCGAGACGACAAUGCGGGGGGAAUGAAGAGAAGGGAAGGGCCGGCCUUUGAGGCGCCUCAAGGCCCGGCAGGGAUGACAAGUAUCCCUCUUGUGUGGCUUGCUAGCCGAGCCUCGUGGAUUGGGGGCGAGGUGGGUCGGAAGCGGAAGGGAAGAGCGGAGAGGGGCGAGGCGAGGGGGGAGGAGAGGGCGGUGAGAAUACGAGGGGGGAUGGGGAGGGAGGAGGUGAGUGCGGAGGGGGGAUGUGAUGGUGUGAGGAGGGGAGAGCUAGAGAAGGUGAGGGAGAGGGUGAGUGAUGGAGGGGGAACGUUGGAGAACAAGGAAGAGAAGAGGACGGGGGAGCGGAAACCUCAGAAGGAACUCGUCCCAGCUCUGCGCUACAGCGAUGUGUGCAUGGAGGGGGUUUGGGAUCGCAAUGGGGAGGACAAGAAGAGCGAGGAGGGUGGGGGAGACGAGGCGAGGGGGGGAGAGGUGGAGAGAGAAGAGGAGGAGAUGAGAGGAGGUAGGGAGAUGAAAGGGGAUGGAGGUGCGGGGGGAGAGUUGGAUUUGGUAGGAGAUGGCGGGACGGGGGGCAGGGGAGGUACGGAAGGGUGUGGGAAUGAGGAUGGUCGGGUUCAGGCUGGGGAGAUGAGGAGAGAGGGGGGAGCAGCAGAAGGCGAGGGAGCAGCAGAAGGUGAGGGAGCAGCAGAAGUUGAGGGAGCAGCAGAAGGCGAGGGAGCAGUGGAGAGGAGGGAAGGAUGGAGGGGAGAGGGUGGAUCGGAAAGGGGCGGAUCUAGGGGGGUGGAGGAAGAGGGCGAGACAGGAGGUGCAGCUUCUGCGCUGAUUGCUCUGGCUGCUGCUGCUGCUGGGAUCAGCCGUCACUCCCCCUCUACCGCCCUCUCACAACCUGUUUUUGAGGCGCCUCAAGAAGUCUCUGCUGCUGCUGGGAUCAGCCGUGACUCCCCCUGCACCACACUGCCAGCCGCACCAGCCCCAUCAGCCCCAUUAACAGUAUCAGCAGCAUCAGCAGCAGUAGCAGUUGGGAAGCCAGCAGGAGAGGCUGUACCUGGGGAGGCUGUACCUGGAGAGGCUGUACCUGGAGAGGCUGUACCUGGAGAGGCUGUACCUGGGGAGGCUGUACCUGGGGUGGCGGAAGCAGGAGGAGGAGGAGAGAGUGGAGCAAGAGAAGGGGGAGCAGGAGGUUUUGAGGUUGCAGAAGGGUGGGGACCAGGAGGAGGGGGAGCAGGAGACAGGGAACCAGGAAGGGGAGGAGCAGCAGGGUUGGUGAGAGCAGAAGGGCGGUGCAGACCAAGAAGUGAUGGAUGGGGGAGAGAAGUCGUGUGGGGGCCGCAAGCGUAUGCAUUGGACGGCUGGGGGGGGGCAGCAGGGCAGGCCGUGCAAGGCUGGGGGGGGCUAGCCUUAGCCCCUCACAGCCGCACCCGCACACCCGCGUCCGUCUCACAGCCUCACAGCAACCCCUUGGGUGUGGUUUCUUCCCAUUGGGAGGGAGUGCCUUUCCCAAGAGAGAGUAUGGACUGGUAUGGUCGCAUUCCCGUGGCUGCUCCUGCUGCUGGCUUCCCGUGUGCGGGGGCUGUGAGGGUGCCACGUGGCAUGCCAGGAGGGCUAACACGUGGAGCACUGGCGCCCCUGGCGUCAGCUCCUGUGUUGCCACCUGGCGCACUGCCACGUGGCAUGAUGGCGGCGCCAGCGGUGCGCGUUUUGCCACCUGGCAUGCUGCCAGGUGGCGGGGACCGGGGAUCUGUUAAUGGUCUACUAGACUGGAGCCCUAGCCUUGCUGCGUUCCCUCGCUUAGCAAUGGGAACUGUGAGCGAUGCAGCAAUCUGGGUAGCGAAGGGUGGAGCAGCAGGAGUAAGGAAGGACGCAGCAGAGGGAGCAGGGACGGGUGCAGCGGAAGGAGCAGGGAAGGAUACAUCAAGGGAGGUAGAGAAGGGCGGUUCAACAGGAGUAGGGGUGCACGAGGAAGGGGAGGAGAGGGGGCAGGGGAAGGGGCAGGAGGAGGGGCAGGAGGAGUGGGAGGAGCAGUGA